AUGUUUGGUCUUCCUGGACUUUUAUGUACAAUAGAUCAGAAAGAUGAAGCUAGUAGUUUCAUAUUAGAUGUAAACCCACAAAACGAUAGCGCCUCCAUAAACAUUUACGGGCCAAAAGGACUUCGCAGAUUCCUUCGACUUGCUCUGGCAUUAUCAAGAGCUAAUUUAAGCUAUACUUAUGCUGUUCAUGAGUUGAUACUAGAAGAAAAACAUUGUCCUCCAAAUUGGCAAGACUGGGCAUGUUUAGAAGCUGAUAUAACUCGAGAUCCCCCAUUAUUUUGUGAACGUCCUGGUAGAGACAUUUUUGCGAACAGUGAUGGAUUCUGGUAUAAUAUUACAAAUAAUGAAGAAAACUGUGAAAUGGUGCAUGCAAUGUCUAUAAAACAUACGAUUCCUUCCGUAGGUUGGUUGAUAAUAAAGCCGGAUCAUUCACCUUCCUUGUGUGCUGAGACGGCUAUAAAAUUAGGCGUUCCCAAAGGACGAUUAAUGGGUGAACUGAAACGAGGUAAGACAGUUGUCAUUGAUGGUAAAACAGUUCUACCUGAAGAUGUUUUGAAACCGCGUUUAAGAGGUCAUCGUAUUGCAAUUAUGGGGGACACAUAUGAUUCUUCUGAACUUUUACGCCUUAUGCAGGUUUUGCAUACUACAAAUCAAAUUACUUCUAUAACUUUGGAUACUCUUGUACAUGAAGCUACUUUAGACGAUAGUUUAUAUGAAGAUGCAUUGAGCAAAGGUCAUUCUGUACCAAGAGUUGUAAUGAAAUUAGCCUGUCAACUUAAUGUUCGUCAAGCUAAUUUAAGCUAUACUUAUGCUGUUCAUGAGUUGAUACUAGAAGAAAAACAUUGUCCUCCAAAUUGGCAAGACUGGGCAUGUUUAGAAGCUGAUAUAACUCGAGAUCCCCCAUUAUUUUGUGAACGUCCUGGUAGAGACAUUUUUGCGAACAGUGAUGGAUUCUGGUAUAAUAUUACAAAUAAUGAAGAAAACUGUGAAAUGGUGCAUGCAAUGUCUAUAAAACAUACGAUUCCUUCCGUAGGUUGGUUGAUAAUAAAGCCGGAUCAUUCACCUUCCUUGUGUGCUGAGACGGCUAUAAAAUUAGGCGUUCCCAAAGGACGAUUAAUGGGUGAACUGAAACGAGGUAAGACAGUUGUCAUUGAUGGUAAAACAGUUCUACCUGAAGAUGUUUUGAAACCGCGUUUAAGAGGUCAUCGUAUUGCAAUUAUGGGGGACACAUAUGAUUCUUCUGAACUUUUACGCCUUAUGCAGGUUUUGCAUACUACAAAUCAAAUUACUUCUAUAACUUUGGAUACUCUUGUACAUGAAGCUACUUUAGACGAUAGUUUAUAUGAAGAUGCAUUGAGCAAAGGUCAUUCUGUACCAAGAGUUGUAAUGAAAUUAGCCUGUCAACUUAAUGUUCGUCAGUUAGUUUUAACACAUUUCAGUCAUAGAUAUGAUCGAAUAGAUUCUCCGGAUGAAAAUACUAUAAAAAGUGAAAUUGGUGAACAGGUGAAUUACUCAAAGAAAUCUAAAGGUGAUAAGAAAAACAAACCUAGUUUGCAAAUUAUCUUAGAUCAGGCCAAAUCUACAGACUUCAGUGGAGAUAUCAUUUUGGCUGAUGAUCAACUUUUAGUGAGAAUCCCCCCUGUAACACAAUAA